AUGGAGCCAGAAAGGCUAACACUUCAAUUAUUACAAGAAAUUACAGACGGUUUCUCUGAGGAGCGAAAACUUGGCGAGGGAGGAUACGGAGUAGUUUUCAAGGGAGUGAGGGAAAAUGGAGAAGAAAUUGCUGUCAAGAUGCUUCGUCGUGACUAUUCAGGAUUUGAUGAUAAGCAGUUUCAGAAAGAGUUUUACAACCUGAAGAUGCUCCAGCAUCAAAAUAUUGUUCGGUUUGUUGGCUACUGCUAUGAAACGCAGCACAUACCUUUUGAUUAUAACGGAAAACAGAUUUUUGCUGAUCAGACAUUUGGAGCUCUCUGCUUUGAGUAUUUGCACAAUGGAAGUCUUGGAAAACAUCUUUCUAAUAGGUUCGUUAAUGUGAAACUUGCUAUUCACCCUUAUUUGCAGAGCAUGAUCCUCAAGUGGCUCAACAUCCAGCCACUCCAUCUUCAGUUCCCCUCAGAGCCAAAUAAGUCAAUGAUCUCGUGCUCACUGCACCUAACAAACGAUACCGAUGACUGUGUUGCCUUCCAGAUGAAGAAUCUGAAGGAAUCCUUCUUGGGGCCACUCUGUGGAGUCGUACCUCCAAGGUCCUGCUAUACUCUUGCUGUGACAAUGCGAGAAAAGCUUGAGCUGCUACCAGAGUUUUUCGAACUUGAGAGCGCUAUAGCAGGCUCCAAUGAGUUAUUAGAUUUCUCAUCAUAUACGGCUGUGGGAGAACAUGACCAUUUCUUUACAAAAGCCAUGCAGGAGGGCCGUGAGGUGCAUAAGAUGAAAUUAUCAGCUUCUUAUGCACAAAUUAAGGCAAUGCGUUGUUUUAGAGUAAAACUAAUGCUCUGUUUCAUAACUCAUUACUAUCUCUUGGUGACAUUGAUUAUGGUGGAUGGUAUAUGUGCAUGUGCCGAUGAUCUCCAGCCUGCAUCCACGAUCAUGGCCCGCUGUUAUCCUGGUCGGAUUCCUGUUGAUGUGCAUCCAACAGAGCUAUGGUUUCUUAUUAACAUUAGUCGAUUUGUUCACAUAUGGAACUAUGAAAAACAGGAUACGGUGGACUACUACUACACAGAGAAAUCAGCAGUUCAGGAUGCAAAAUUUAUUGCACGAGAACAGUGGUUUGUGACUGGGGAUCAUCAUGGUUCCGUGCAAGUGUUCAGUUACAAGACAAAGUCGGAAAUCAAGAGUUUCAAGGCUCAUGACUUUGCUGUCGUUUGUUUGGACAUCCAUCCUACUAAGCCUUAUGUGCUGUCAGCAGGCCGUGAUGAUCUGAUUAAGCUGUGGGACUGGGGGAAGGGUUGGAAAUGUGUUAGAACAUUUGAAAUGCAGCGCCUUAUAAGUCAACUCAGGUUUAACCCAAAGGACGCAAAUGUUUUUGCUAGUGCUUCUGCAAAUGGAUUACAGAUCUGGAAUAUUAGUUCCUACAGCUGUGAAUUCACAUUGUAUGAGAACGAAUCUGUGGAGUGCUUUGAUUACAUCACUCAUGGUGAUCAGUUAUACAUGAUUACUGUUUCUGGGGACAACAAUGCAAGGAUUUGGGAUUUAGGAAGCAGGACAUGUGUUCAUUUACUCGAAGGACAUAAAGAUUGUGUUUGCACUGUCUGCUCCCAUCCGGACCAUCCUAUACUGAUUACGGGUUCAAAUGAUGGAACAGUUCGUCUAUGGAAUUCCAUUACCUUUAGACUGGAGGGAAUACUAAACUUUGGGCUUGGAAUGGUUACUACCAUAGCAUGUUUGAAGGGUACAAGAAGGAUUGUCAUAGGACAUGAUAAUGGAAUAGUUUUGACAGAAAUUAACACGUACGACCUGACGCCAACACGUGAAAAGACCAUAUCAGCAACGGAAAAUGAAGUUCAAACUGCUGGGCAGCCUGGAGUGGAGACAAUGGUGCACACUACUAGAUAA